AUGAGGCGCAUCAACGAAUACACAUGUUUCUCGGGAUGUUGGGUAGUCUUGAUUGCACGCAUCGGGAGUGGGCGACUUGUUCAACCGCUUGGAAAGAGCAACACUAUCGUGGUGACUUCGAUUCCAACCCUAAUACUAGAAGCGGUCACGUCUCAAGAUUCAUGGAUUUGGCAUGCGUACUUCGUCAUGGCCGGUGCAAACAAUGAUAUCGCUGUUUUACAAUCUUCGUGUCUUUUAGACGAUGUCAUAGAUGGUGUUACACCAAAUACUUCAUUCUAUACAAAUGAUGUGGAGUAUAAGUAUAGGUAUUAUCUUGUCAAUGGUAUUUAUCCAGAGUGGGCUACGUUGGUGAAAGCUAUUUCAUAUCGAGAUGACGGCAAACGAUUGUAUUACAACAAAAAACAAGAGUCAGCAAGAAAAUAUUUGGAGAGGCUUCGGUGUAUAAAAAAUAGAUGGUUUAUCAUUACCCAACCGUCGAGGAUACUUGAAAAGAGUAAAAUGAGAAACAUCAUGUAUACGUGCAUCAUAUUGCAUAACAUGAUAUUGAAGGACUCGGACAGGACUUUUUGUAACGAGUAUGUUGAGGGUAACCAACCGAGGAACCCAUUACUAAGCUACGCACAAAAAGAAGUUGUCCUAGCAAAGAUACGUGACAGAGAUACACACCAUAACCUUUGA